UCAGCACCUGGGGGGCUUGGGUGCUCUGCUCUCUCUGGGUGCUCGUAUGAAGCAGCAGUCAGAUGGCAGGAGCUGGCAAAUACUCGCCACCUGGCCGCAUCCCCUGGGCCUUUCACCAUCCACUUGAGUAUUUCCCAGAGGCCUAGAGCCUUGUUAGGGUUUGCUGGGACAGUUUCUGCCCCUGUCUCCUCACUGCUGUAAGCAAUGAAUCCCCCACAGCUCCCCCCACCCAGUGUCUCCAUCUUUCUCUGGGGUUGACACUUGGGUCUUUGGCAGAAUGGAAGCAGAGCAGAGUUCAGGUGCAGGCUGGGUUUUCAGAUUUCUCACGGCCUCGAUAGCUUCGGCUCCUGGUGUGGGGAACUCCCCAAACCAAGGGCAGACUGCUCUCUGUCCGUGGGUCCGGAAGGCGGGGUUGGGGGAUACGCUGGCCUGCCUGCUUCCUACCCCACUGGGCUCCUGCACAGAGACUAAUGUCAUCCUCACCACUACCCUUAAGGUUCCUUCUGAUGUAUCCAUUUUAUUAUUUAUUUUUUAAAAAAGAUUUUAUUUAUUUAUUCAUGAGAGACCCAGAGAGAGAGAGGCAGAGACACAAGCAGAGGGAGAAGCAGGCUCCAUGCAGGGAGCUUGACAUAGGACCUGAUCCCGGGUCUCCAGGGACCCUAGGCUGAAGGCGGUGCUAAACCUCUGAGCCAGCCCGGCACCCCUGAUGUAUCCAUUUUAGAUGAGGAAUCUGAAGUUCAGGGAAGUAAAGUAAGUUGCUUACCAGGGGCAGAGCUGGCAUGCAAAUCGAGGUCUGCCUCCCUUGAAGGUUUGCUCCUUUCCAGUUUAUCAGCCAUUGGGGAUUCAAGAGAUACCAGCGUGACCGAACCUGGAUUUAUCCUGAGUUUUGGCAGCUUCACUUGUUUCUUCAUGAAGUAAUACCAACUGCAUUUAAAUGAACAGGAGCCUGCCUUUGUGCUCUUGCUGCAUUUCUUCUCUUAUAGGAGAUUUAAGAAACUCAGUGCUCAUGAAAACCUGUUAUUCCUUUGGGGGAGGUUAUGCCAAGAGAGAGUGCAAAGGAAGGCAGUGCUUAACUCAGUAUCAAUUGUGUGACUUUGGGUAUAAUUUGGAGGGAGGUGGCUUGGGUCAGGGCACUUGUGGACCCUCACCCAGGUGACCACCUAGCCUGCUUUUGCCUAAGACCCCCCCCCCCCGAACACUUUCCUCCUGUGAAAAAUAAAUAACCCCAAAAGCCUGAAAAGCAGAACUUAAAGCGCAAUGGGUAAGAGAGGUUUCAGGAAGGGUAGUGGGGCAGAGUCCUGGGUCCUGACUGGGUGUACCGCCUACAGCUGAGUAAGGUGUGUGUGUGGGGGGGCGGGGGGACUGUUGCCCAUGACUUCCUGUCCUGGGCCAGGCCAUCUCUGCUGGCAGGAGUGAUCUGGGCUUGACCUGCUGGUUUUCCCUGCAGUGGUGCCUGCAGCCCACACUCCCCGGGCCUCUGACUCUCCCUUGCACAACAGCACCUUGAGUGUGCUUUGAGAGAGAGAGGGGGGGGGGGGGGCAUGAGGCCGCUGCAGCUGAAGGGCAAAAGCCAAGUCCUCCCUCCCUUUCUGCUUCUGUGAGGAGGACUCCUAGCCCUGGACAGAUAUGAGUUUGGGGUAUUGACAAUUUGGCUGCGCCUUUGAUGGCCUGUUUACUGUCUUUAAGGUACACUUUGUGAUUUUGGUUUCAACCUGUGGUUUGCUAGGUCUUUGGCAUGGAGGACACUGGCCACUCUCCUUCAUGGCAGCUGGCUGUUCUCUGAUCAAAGCUGGGGACAGUCAGACUGGUUUUCUUCAGUAGUGCUAGCUUGACACAGUCUAGGUGAGCAAUAAUAUGCCCUGGGGAGGCCCUCCUAGGAACCUUCUCUCAAGGGGACCUAGACUAUCUAUGCCUGGGAGGACAAGGCUACCUGAAGAGAAGGGUGGUGCUGAGAGAGCCCAGGGACCCUUGUCUCUUGGCAGUGGUCGGAAGUUCUUGGUCUAGCUGGUGGGUGGGGAUGGAACAGCAGGAGGAUUGGCAGAGCUGAAAGGGGAGCCACACGUCCUGCUUUCCCAGGCUUUUCUGCCCCCCCUAGAGCUGGGCCACCCCUGCAGGUUAGAGGGGAGCCCCCUCCACCCAGCCCCACCCCAGGGAAAAGCUGCAGCUGAAGUUCUCACAAGUCCGGCUUCAAAGCAUGACUCAUACCCGCUCUCCUCAGAUGGGAGUGCAGCGAGGCAGGCAGCAGACCCCAGCCUCUCCUCAGGAUGAUUGGAAGUACUCCAUGACACACACACGGAGGAAGUCCCUUCCCAUGCUGAGUUCGGGCCCCACUGGCCGCCGGGAGCCCCUGCAGAUGGAAGGAAGCAAUAUGGAGCAGGGGGCAGAGAGUGUGGAAGCAGGCAUGCCCGAGAGCCCAGGACACCUCACAGGGCGCCGCAAGAACUACCCGCUGCGGAAGCGCCCCCUGGUACCCGAGAAGCCCAAGGCCUGCAAAGUGCUGCUGACCCGCCUGGAGAAUGUGGCUGGCCCACGGAGUGCAGAUGAGGCUGAUGAGCUGCCCCCUGACCUGCCCAAGUCCCCGAGCCCAGCCCCAUCUGGUGAGGACACUGGCCUUACCCAGCCCCGCAAGAGGCGCCUGGCCUCCCUCAAUGCAGAGGCCCUCAAUAACCUGCUGCUGGAGCGGGAGGAUGCCAGCAGCCUGGUGGGCACCCGUCGCAGUCGGGGCGACCCUCAUCGCAGCCGGGACCGUGACCGAGCCGCUGGGGGCUGGUCCUCCUCCAAGAAACGGCCCCGGCUAGGGGACCUUGGAGGAGGAAGUCGGGACCUGUCCCCAGAGCCAGCACCUGAUGAUGGUGCCCGUCGAGACGGUGACCCAGCGCCCAAGAGACUGGCCAGCCUGAAUGCAGCUGCCUUCCUGAAGCUGAGCCAGGAGCGGGAGCUACCCUUGAGGCCACCUCGUGCCCACCCAGAAGCAGAUGGGCGUUCUGCAGAACCACCAGCGCUGAGGGCUCCGAGGCCAAAGUGGGCUAAUAAUAAGGUCCAUGGCAAGAACUAUCCCAAGGCCCGGCAGGGGCCUGGCUCUGGGGAGGCGGUGGGCCCACUUGGCUGGCAGAGGCACCCUGAGGAGCCAUGGCCAUCUGCCACCCCUCGUGGGCCAGCCAGCCAGCCACCUUACCAGCCACUGAGCAAGGCUCUGGAAAGCCCCUUAGGGCUCCGCCCCCACCUGCCCCUGCUGAUGGGUGGGCAGGCAGCCUUGAAGCCAGAGCCUGGGCGCCCAGGCGAGGAGUCACCUGCCCCCAAGCAGGAACUGCACCAGCCUUCUUUCCCUGCACCCCAGCUGUCCCCGCUGCCGAUGCCUGGCAACCCUGCCCACUACAGUGGCCUGUGUGGUCGGCCUGAGCUCACUGCACUGGGCAGCUUCUACGUGUACUGCAGCCAAGACGGGCUGCAGUGUGGAGGCUAUGCCCCCUGCCCCAUGCUUCCCGAGGGCAAGUUGUCCUCAGUGGCUGCACCUAACGAGGGGCUCCUCUUGGCACCAAGCUCAGUGCCUGCAGGCACCCCUUUCCAGCACCCUCCCUGGGGCUCUCGCUACUGCUCUAGCGAGGACACUGGAGUGAAUGGAUACAGCAUCUGUGAAAUGUUGCCCCCAUCUCUUACCCACAUUGGCACUACCUGUGGCGGCUGCCCCUACAAAAUGCCUUUUGCAGCAGAAGGCUGCAGGUCCCUAGGCCAGCUGGAAUUUCCUCUCCCAGAAGCUGGCCACCCUGCCUCACCUGCCCACCCCCUCCUGGGAUGCCCUGUGCCCAGCGUGCCACCUGCAGCAGAGCCCGUCCCCCAUCUUCAGACACCGACCUCGGAGCCCCAGACCGUAGCCCGCGCAUGCCCUCAGAGCGCCAAGCCUCCUAGCGGCUCCAAGUCCGGUCUGCGCACAGGCUCCAGCUGUAGGCACACCGCGAGGAGCAAGGCCGCCUGCAGGCCCAGCCACCCCAAGCAGCCGCGUGUCCAGCGCCCACGCCGCCGUCGCCGUCGCCGCACUAAUGGCUGGGUGCCCGUCGGUGCUGCAUGUGAGAAGGCGGUCUAUGUCUUGGAUGAACCAGAACCAGCCAUCCGAAAGAGCUACCAGGCGGUGGAGCGGCAUGGAGAGACGAUCCGAGUCCGGGACACCGUCCUCCUCAAGUCAGGCCCACGAAAGACGUCCACACCUUAUGUGGCCAAGAUCUCUGCCCUCUGGGAGAACCCUGAAUCAGGAGAACUGAUGAUGAGCCUCUUGUGGUAUUACAGACCAGAGCACUUACAGGGAGGCCGCAGUCCCAGCAUGCACGAGCCUUUGCAGAAUGAAGUCUUUGCGUCAAGACAUCAGGACCAGAACAGUGUGGCUUGCAUUGAGGAGAAGUGCUACGUGCUGACCUUUGCUGAGUACUGCAGAUUCUGUGCCAUGGCCAAGCGCCGAGGCGAGGGCCUCCCGAGCCGAAAGACAGCACUGGUGCCCCCCUCUGCAGACUACUCUACUCCGCCACACCGCACGGUGCCCGAGGACACGGACCCUGAGCUGGUGUUUCUUUGCCGCCAUGUCUAUGACUUCCGCCAUGGCCGCAUCCUCAAGAACCCUCAGUAGCCUCCUCAGGCCCGCCCGGGGGCGGGGGAGGGGGGGUUUGG